UUGCAGAAGUCAGCUUCUCUCUCGCACUGCUGCACUUGAAGAUGAACCCUUGGACAAUUAUUUAAGGACUAGGAGCAGAAAGCGUGCUGAAAAGACUUACUGGAAUGCCACUCAAGACAUAGUACUUGGGAAAAUACUCAAAACAAUAUUUGUCUCAUUAUACUCAAGCUUAGCCUCCAGAGUUCCUUUCUAAAGGAUAACGUGUGCCAUCAGCACUGGAUUCAAAGAUGUCUUCAAGCAAAUCCCUGAAAUACUUCCCUAUGUUCAAAAUCAAACAGGGAAAUUUAGACUGACCGCAGAGGCCAGGCUGAAAGCUAUGCCCAAAGCCAUAUGAAAGAAAAACAAGCUAAAAGAAACUAAAAGAGCUAACUCCCUGAAUUGCAAGUGAGGUAAAGAACAAAGAAAAAAGCUGAGCUCAAGAAUCAUGAGAGAUCGCCUUCAGGAGCUUAAACUCCGAGCCAAAGAACUACAGAUGGCUGGAGAAAAUAACUGUCCACCUGUACGAGAUGAGCAGGAAGAGUUUGAACAGCAGGCCAUUAUUUAUGAAAGGGAGCCUAUAACCGAAAGGCACUUCCAUGAAAUCCAGAAGCUUCAGAACGAGAUCAAUAAUUUGGUGGAGGAAGUUCAAAAAUUCAGUCAACAACAAAAAAGUCUAGUAUCUUCAAUGAGAAGGUUCAGUGUUCUUAAAAAGGAAUCUAACACAGCAAGAGAAAUAAAAAUUCAAGCAGAGCAUAUACGAAAAGGUUUGGAUGAACUGUCAAAAACAGUGAAAAAAGUUGAAAGUGAAUAUGGGUUAUCACGUGCUAUAGUAAGAAUUCUAGCUUCCCAGCACACUUUCCUGUCCCGGUGUUACCUAAAUGCUAUGCUUUCAUACAAUGAAGCUAUAACAGCCAAACAAGAGAAAUGCAGAAGAUUUAUUGUUCGUCAGCUUGAAGUAGCUGGUAAAGAGGUAUCUGAGGACGAAGUCACUGAUAUGUUCCAACAAGGAAAAUGGGAGAUUUUCAACGAAAAUCUACUCACCGAAGCCAAAAUUACUAAAGCUCAGCUUUCAGAGAUUGAACAGAGACACAAAGAACUGAUCAGCCUAGAGACUCAGAUCAAAGACUUGAAGGACCUUUUCAUUCAGAUAUCAGUUCUGGUAGAAGAGCAGGGGGAGAUGAUCAACAACAUUGAAAUCAGUAUGAACAACACUCAAGAAUACACCCAAAUAUCUAGAGAAAAAUUUGGACUUGCAGUCAGGUAUCGAAAAAGAAACCCUUGCAAAGUAAUUUGCUGCUGGUGUUGCCCAUGCUGCAAGUGACAAAGCAUCAGCUCUUAUGCAGGAAACUGAACCUAUCAACCAACCCCAGGAUUCUUUCAUUGCUUCAUUUUUCUUCCCUUUUCCCCUUCCACAUUUCCACUGAGGAAAAAUUGCACCUGUUUUUCCAAACUGAGUUCAAAGACUGAAAUGAGAUCUUCAUCUGUGCCUAAAUUUUAUGGUUUCCACUGAAACACAUACACUAGAGGAAAAGAUCAAAGGAGACAAAUAACACUUUCUUGUUUUUCCACUCAUAAGAAGCAUCAACAAAACAAUGUACCAAUCAUGCCAUAUGUGCUUUUGAGAAACAUCAAAAUUAUUGUAAAUCUCAGGAUUCACAAGACCAGUUGAAUUACCUGUUAUAAAAUAAUUAGUAUUCUUUCAAUUGCUGUUUUUUUUUGUUGUUGUUGUUUGGAUUGUUUUUUGUUUUUGUUUUUGUUUUGUUAUUGUUGUUGUUGCUGUUCUUGUUUGUACAAGUGCUCAUAUUUACUUGGUUCAAGUUUCAUUUUUUUCCUCCCAAAAUACAAAUAAAAAAGUACAAAUAAAAGUAACACAAAGCAGGCAAU